AUGAGAAGUAGCCUUCUGAAGCAUUUUUGGGUUGCAGUAGGUCGCUUAUUGCAAAUCGUGUCGAGCAAAAAAGAUAGAGUGAAGUUCCUUAUGGUCAUUGCGUCAAACAUGAUCGCUGCUGUGAACCCAGAUUUGAGAAGAAAAAACUAUUCGCAUACAUAUGUUAAGUCGCUAGAAUAUCGAGUGGCCAAACUAGAGCAGGUUUUAAAGAAAUUGCAGGAUUGUCCACUAGAGAAUCACUUUCCCAUACUGAAUUCCCUUAAUCUUAGUGAUUUAGUAAAUAAGGAUGAGAUAUACCAGACUCUUUCUGAAUAUAAUGAGACAUCAAGUUCAGUAGACCAGUCAAAUCUGACAGAUUAUGGCUCAUUAUCUGGUUAUGAUGAUAUGAUAAUCAAAACGGUAUCCGCUUCUUAUUCAGAAUCUACAAAUUCUUUAAAUGACACGAUUAAGCUUAGGAAGAACCUGGGAAUAGCAGUAUACGGAUCAUUUCACUUUUAUUCACAUGACUCCUUUUUGACUAAAUUCUUCGGUGUUAAGUAUGACAAUAAUACAAAUCCUCAGACAUAUACAUAUUUUUCCGAAGAAUUAGUAUAUAGCAUAGUGGCUCUCAGUUCUAAAAUAUCAAGUAUCCAGCAGGUUGAGUCUGAAUCCUAUGAAUAUUAUAAUAAAGCAAGAAGAUUAGUAUUUGAUAAGCUAAAUGUACCUAAAAUAACAACAAUUCAAACGCUAUUAUACCUCGCAUUCUACGAUUUGGGUGAGGGGUACAAUUCUUCAGCUUGGCUUCUUAAUGUAAUAGCGUUUAGAAUUGGCAGACAUAGGAUUUCAAUGAAUCCACAAAACUGGCAUAUUAAAAGUAAGGAGAUUUUGUCCGCUCAAGAUAUUGAAAUAAGGAAGCCAAUAUACUGGGGAUGUUAUACUGCCGACUAUCUUAUAAGCUUGCUAUUGCGUAGACCAUUUUAA